AUGUCUAUUGGUAUUGAUCUAGGGUCAACAUAUUCUUGUAUGGGUAUUUGGAAAGUAGACCAUACUCAAAUAAUUACAAAUGAUAGUGACAAUCUCAUCACUCCUUCAUAUGUAGCAUUCACUAAUCAUGGACGUUUAGUUGGUGAUUCUGCCAAAAAUCAAAUAUCUAGAAACCCUUGCAAUACUUUUUAUAGUUCUAAGAAAUUUGUUGGUUGUAACUUUAAUGACCAAACAGAUCUGAUUAUGAAUCUAAGACGUUGGCCAUUUAAUAUCGUUGAUAGAAAUAAUAUGCCUUAUUUUAAAACUGAAGAGAUGGGUGCUACUAAAUAUUUUACACCUGAAGCAAUUUGUUCUAUGAUAUUGUCAAAGUUAAAAGAGGAUGCUGAAAAUUUUACUGGUGUACAGAUUGAUAAUGCUGUUAUUGCUCCAGCAUACUAUAGUUUAGUACAAAGGCAAGCCAUUAAAAAUGCUGCUUAUGCGGUUGGUUUGAAUACUCUUAGACUUAUUAGUGAUACAUCAGCUUCAGUAAUCACCUAUAUAUUGUCACAUAAAUCAACAGACGAAUGUAAUAUUCUAACUAUUGAUCUUGGAAGUGAAAUCCUUGGUGUAUCUCUCACCACUUUGGAGGAUUCUGUCAUCGAAGUGAAGGCUGAAGCUUGUGAUCCCAUCCUUGGAGGAAAUUAUUUUGAUCAAAGAAUAGUUAAUUAUUUUGUUCAAGAAUUUAAAUCCAAGUUUAAAAAGGAUCUUACUUUAGAUGCUCGUGCAAUGUGUCGUCUUAGGGUUGCUUGUGAACGUGCAAAAUGCACGCUUUCUGUUUCAAAUAGUGCAAAUAUUGAAAUCGAUGCUCUUUUUGAUAACAUUGACUUCUACACUCGUUUGACUCGUACCAAAUUUGAAAUGUUAAAUCAGGAUUUAUUUAGAUCUAUUCUCGAACCAAUUGAAAGAGUGCUUGGAAAUGGUAAAAUAGAUAAAACUCAAGUUCAUGAAAUUAUUUUGACUGGUGGUUCUACUCGUAUUCCUAUGGUUCAAAAAGUUAUUUCGGAUUUCUUUAACGGUAAACCACUAAAUAAAUCCAUUAAUCCUAAUGAAUCUGUUGCCUAUGGUGCUGCAGCAUUCGCUGCUAAAUUAUCUGGCAACGUAUCAGGAAAAUUGGAUGAAUUUCUUUUGCUCAAUACUAUCUACUCAUCUCUUGGUAUUGAAACUGAUGGUUGGGUUAUGACCCCGCUUAUAAAAAGAAAUACUUCAGUGCCUACGAAAAUAAGGGAGAUCUUUUCUACAUAUUAUGACAACCAACCUGCCUUAUUUAUUAAAGUAUAUGAAGGUGAUCGUGCCAGUACAGAAGAUAACACCUUGCUUGGUAAAUUUAUUCUUACUGGUAUUCCUCCAGCUCCUCGAGGCACACCACAAAUUGAAGUCACGUUUGAUAUUGAUAAUAGUUUAUUUUUAAACGUUUAUGCUGUCGAUAAAACUACUGGACAAUUCAAUAAAAUCUCCAUCAAUAGUGAUAGAAAUAAUAAAGAACAAACUUUACCUGAUGAGAUUCAAGGAUGGCCAUUAGAUCGAUUAAUAGUAUCUAAAGAUCCACCACCAUCUAAAGAAACACCAUCUAAAGAAACACCAUCUAAAGAAACACCAUCUAAAGAUCCAUCAUCUAAAGAUCCACCAUCUAAAGAUUCUGAAGAUUCACCACCAAACUGUGCACCAAGAUUUACGCCUGAAGACGAUUCAUCACCAUACUCUCAAUCGCAAACCUUUCAAGAAACAGCUCAGAAUGAUAUGAAAAAACGUCAGUUAUUAAUGGAAGAAAGUUACGAAAUUCCUAGUUCUAGUUUUUCGACUGAGGAAUAUUCAAAUAAUUCAACUUUUACUACUCAUAGCGAAAGUAAUGCUAAAAUAGAAGAUCAAAAUGCAAUUAUUGAUCGUGCUAAAGAGUUAAUGAAAGAUUUUAGCGAACCGUCAAACUUAAUUGGAUUCAAACUUUUAGUUGAAGAUCCUGAAGUAAAAUUUCCUGCAGAUUUAUUAAUUGAUGCGCUCUUAUUACUUGGAAACGCUUCUUCGUUUGAAUGUAGUAUAGGUAAUACUAUUCCACAUUUAGAAUUACGCCUUCGGACUUGGACUACAGUUUUAGAAACAGCGUUCUAUUAUCCUAUUGUAUUAAAUCGUGAAAUACGAGAAAAACUAUAUAAUAAUUUAAAUAGUUUUAUUGAUAUUCACUAUCAAAUAAGCAAAACUUUUAGUCAGGGCAACGAUCAUAGUAAAGAAAUUGAUAACACUAAUGAUAAUGUUACGAAUUUUCCGAACUAUAACAUUAACUUUUUAUUACUCCAUUUGCGCGACACCUUACAUAUUAUGCGUGAUGAUGAAACUUAUUUUGAUGAAUUUUCAAGAUAUGUCAAUAGAGGUCUUUUAACAUUUAUUAGGGCCAUUCCUAAAAAAUCUAAUGGUUUCAGAAACAUUCCGGUUACUCUUGGUGAAUUAUUUGUUAGUGGGACUAUACCAAGAUUUUCCGAUGUUCUUAGAAUUAAAUAUCCUGUUGGUUACUGGUAUCCAAUAUGGCGUGAACUUCUUUUUGUACAUUAUUCAUUAAAAAUUCUAUCUCAGGAUAGAAAUUAUAAUAUAAUACAAUUCUAUAACGAGACUUAUAUUCUCGAAUCUCUUUGGCAGCAUGUUUUUAAUGAGGAUUACAAACAGUCAACUCAUGUGGAUAUUUUUACAAUUUUAAAUGAUCAAAAUGAAUUUUCAAAUUUAUGGACCAGUGAAGAGUCAUUUACCCUAUCAAACAUGUUAUGGUUUGGAAUAUUAGAUCUCGCCCAAAUUUUAAGCUAUAAAACAAUUCAACCUACUAGCUUAGCUCUUUGUUAUUAUUUAGGUUUAGAAUCAUUGCGAAAAUCUCAAGGUUGUUUUAUUCAAUUCAAAUCUUUAGAAUUACUUUUAUCAUUAUCUUAUCGAGAACCUGAUUGGUUUGAGGACAUGGUACAAAGAGAAAUAGAGAAAUUUAUUGAAGCAUUACCGAAAGAUGCUCAGAACGAUUUUAACAACCUAAUUCAUGAUGUAAAGAAAAAACUUCAGUUAGAAAAUGAAAUUAUAGGAAAAUUAAAUACGAUCAAUAGCAAAAAAAAACCAGUAACUAAGAAAAAUUCAUCAGAUGAAGAUUUAAAUUUUUUAUUAGAAAUGAUUGCUGAAAAUUUUACUUGCCCAAUUACCGGCCAAAUAACAGGCGAUUUUCUUGUUCUAUCGUGCUGCGGUCAUUCUGUUAGUUAUUAUGCUAUUGAUGAGUGGAAAAAAAUGUCGGUGCUUGAGGGUAAAUUAUUAUUCGAAUGUCCAUUUUGUAGGACUGAAAUCAAAGAAGAAUCACUCUAUAAUCUUAUACAAGACGCAAUGAUAAAAUGUCUUCACGAAAGAUUAAAACGAGCAGGAUGUUUAAGUAAUUUGGAAACCCGGGAAAUAUCAACUAACAAAAAUUAUUUAACUGAUAUGUUUUUAAAAAUGGAUAAAAUGCAUAUAUUUAGAAUCCAUUUAUCAUUAAAAUCUCCUGUUUCAAUUUUACGAAAAACUUGUCCAAAAGGUUUGCAUCCAGCAUUUAAUAAAGCAGCUGAGGCAGAGUACCAGGAAGAUUAUACGACAGCUAUGGUAUGGUUAACUCAAGUUUUGCAAUAUUAUCCAAAAAGUUAUUCUGUUCAAUGUAGAAGAGCAUUUGCAUUUUGGAAACUUGGAUUAUAUCUGCAAGCUUUAAAAGAUCUAGCCAUAAAAAAUAAAUUAUUAUGUGUAUUAAUUCAUAAUAUUCUUGCAUUACCAGAAUCUUAUAUAAAGAGAGAUAUU